AUGCCGAUACACGAAAGUACAGGGUAUCAUUACGUCGAAGAUGAUACUGAAGAACAGUUUGUGUUCGAAGAACAGCCACAGUCAUCAAAUUACUUUGUUCGUUCUCAUCAGCUUCCAAAUGAUUAUUCCCGUCAAGAAGUUAUCUAUCAACAACAGCAACAGAAAUACAAGCAACAACAACAGUUUGCUGCAUCACAUCACGAUUAUGUGGUUGGUGCACCAUCGAUGUCAUCAUAUAAUAGAAGACAUCAACGAGUGUACGAGAUUCCAUCAGAUGAUGUAGAUGAGAUCUCGGUUUAUGAAGAUAAUACAACGCCUAGUUCUAGUAAUGUUAAUAUUAAUAAUACAGCUGAAUAUUCGGAUCAGUUAGAAGGAACAGUGCAUGCAGCGGUACAUGUGCAACAGUCGCAGUUAUAUCAUCUUCCAAACCACCUUCAACCACAACAGCAACAUCAACAGCAGUCGCAAUUUCAAGAAACACCUAGAGUGGUUUCUAAUGAAAGCAAUAGGGUAAUUAUCGAUGCUAAUUCGUUUCGUUUCAUUUUAGGUGCUGAAGGAAUGACAUAA